AGUUAAACUCUAUACGCCGUUGAAUAGUCUUCCUGUGUCUUCCAGAAUGUAAUGUGUGUCUCUCAGCUAGGGUUUGGCACACUCUUGGCGUACCGGCAGGGCGCCAGCAAUCAACAUGUUUCUAGUCUUAUAUAGACCCCUAUGAUUCUAGCCAUUUAAUAGGAUCUGACUUCUUUAUACCAUAUGCAGAUGCUGGAGCAAUUUUUGGUCUAAAGAGGUUCCACUGGUAACAACUGAAGGGCACAAUGACUUCCACUAUGGAGUCGCCUCCAUCAAAAAUCGAUGAGAUGACACCGUACGCUACAACUGCAAGCUGUAACUCCCAAGUGGCGCAAGAGAUUAUCGAAGGUCUCGAAAGGGAAGUUAACAAACUUCUCAUUGCGACGUCAAUGGUGCUCUAUCAUAAUUACAUGCUUAAAUACAAGGGCAUAAAUAGCAACGGAGCUAAGAAAUCAGGAUCUAAAGAAAAUGGAUAUGCAGCACCGAUCGAUAAAUGUGAUAUAAAGGAGUUCAAAAGGGUUUUAGAAACUCUUCGCGCUACAGAAGUCGGCAGGACGUUCCCAGUAUCUAACCAGCUGAAGGUUAUAAGAUACGAAAAACAAGAACGGGAGUUAGAUGGGCUCAAGGCACAGUUGGCGUCAAAGAUUACUCAGAGAGAUCAUAUGCGUAAAGCUUGUCUAAACAAAGCCAGGGAGACCCUGGGUUCAUUUAACACCCCUAUUAUCAAGAGCUACCUCCAAUCACUAGAAACGGCAUACCAUCUCCAAGAAGAAGGGGAGCGCUUGCGUAAAAAGUACCACAAGCUUAAAAAGGUCCUAGAGACACUGAAGGAGUUCUAUCACAAAUGCAUCGAUAGAAAGGACGUAGAAUUCGAAUGAACAAUCGACACAUUGGACCGUGUUAAUUU